UAAAAUCAACGUAUGGUGUAAAUUUAAAGUAUCUACAGUUGUUCGUUUUUGAAUUACAACUAAGAAAAUCUUUUCAAUAAUCAAUAUCCAACGUUGUAAAAAGAUCUACUUCAAACGGUCAUAAAAAUUUUAUUUGACUAUCCGGAAGAUAUUUUUUUUUUUUUUUUGAUAAAGGUAGACAAACUUAUUUGGAAUCUUGUAUAUCUUGUGUAACUAGAUUCACUUUUCUGCUAAAAAGAUGCUAUUGAAGAAAAUCUAAGCAUUUUUACCGGCCCAAAAAAUGAUGACAGACAUAAAAAUAAAUACAUCAUUGUAAAAUCAAUGGGUGCAUUCAUUGAUUCAUACAGGUAUGGUCAGAAUCUUUUUUAUUUUUUUUUUAGGUUUAUUCUAGGAUUUAGGCCCAUUGCCGCUUUCGCUGUCUCCCCCCAUGCUUCUCUCUUUUCUGUGUUCUGCUAGUUCUUCUUCAUUCUGAACUCCCAACAUUCUGAGGACUUCCUAGUUCUUGUUCCUAUAUCGACUCGGUCCUCCCAUCGUUGCCUGGGCAUUCCUCUCGGUCGACUUUUGUUCGGUUCCCAUUUCGCGAUGGUCAAUUUAAGUUGGUCUUCUGCUUUCAAGACGUGUCCGGCCCAUCUUUUUCUCUGACUCUUGAGUGUGGCAGCUUUAUUGGGCUUAUUAAAUAGAGUACUCAGUUCUCUGUUUGAUUAUAUUAUUUUCGUUUCUCUUUGGUCCAAGUAUUCUUGGAAGGAUUUAUCUUUAAAAAUCAUUAGUUUUUUCCUUAGGAUUUGGUAGGCGCCCAUGCUCCACAGGCAUACAGUACAAUUGGCCUAACGAGGGUCCUAAAUUAUCUUAUUUUUGUUCUUCUUGAUAAUUUUUUUUGAUUUAAAUACUUAGACUAAUGAUUAAUGGUCUGCAGAAGCAGAAUCUUUAAUACUAUUAUCUAUUAUUACCUCAUAUUAUUUUAUCUGUGUACCAUGGGUAAAUAUUAAAUUCCUAUUCACAAAUCAAUAGGUAGUUGAUAGUUUUAAACCAUGGAAAUAUUAAAGAACAUGUUUUGUAUUGUGUCUACUACCUAUGUUUUUAACAGAAUGCACAAAUAUCUAAAAAUAGUAUUUUUUAUAACAACUUCUAUACCAUUGUCAAAAAUUAAAUAUAAAGCCAGAUGUGUCGGGUCGACCAAGUAGUGAUUGGACAUUGCUUUUUUGGUGUCAUGUAAUAACCAAGUUAAAGCCGACUGCACAAGGAAUUGACUACACCUCAAAUUUUAAACAAAUACGGUUACCUAUUGUAACCAUAGUUACCACGCCUUCGCAAGACACUCUUGGUUAUAAUGGUUACGUUUUGAUGAGCCUUUAAAGGUAUACUAGUAUACCAUAACCACAGAUAUAUACUAUUACUAUUACUAUAUCUGUGACCAAAACAAGAUCUUUGUAAAACUUUAAACUUCUAUUACCGUGUUUUGGUAAACCAAUCGGAAAAUAGUUCUCGGACACGGCGUGUUGUGAUUUGUGAGCCCGCCUAAAAGUCUUGUACAAAGAUUGUGUUUGUAAUUCUUUUGCAAAUCACCAGUUGUAAGUUAGCAGUUGUUCAGUCAGACCUUCACCAUAGCGACUUGAAAGUAGCUACUAAACAAUAAACGCAUAGACAAAGAAAUUAACAUCGGAAGAGUUAACGACUAAAUAUUUAAGCGAUUGGCUUAAAGUAGUCCAUUAGAGAAAAGUAACCACAAAGAAUAAAUAAUGCCUUCAAAAAAGGAGACUAAAAAAAUUAAAAAAAAAUUAGCAAUUAGUAAUACUUUAAGACAAUAUUUUCCAUCUCUAUUAAUAAAGUAUAACCAGCAUUUAGAUCAAUUGCCCAGAGAAACUAAUUCCACCGACGAAAAUUUAAUGUCAGUGUUCAGGAUAAUGUGGAGCACUAAUUUGUUGCUCAAGACUGUGAUAGACGGUAAUGCAGUCGGUGAUGCAAGCCAUAAUAAUAUAAGUUGGAUUCAGAUGGAAGAAACUCUUAAAGAAUUGCAUAAAAUUUUCUGGAAACUCAACUCUCUAAUAAUUCACGAAUUCCAAUUUCAACCAUGAAUUCAACAUAUGGAUAUUUAAAUAACAAUUUGUUGUGUGGCAGUUCGAAACAAAAUUGUUUAAUUGAAUCAAUUUUUAUUUAUAAUAACUUAAAUAAUCUUAAUAAAAUAU